CGGAGUAGACAAGAACGUUGACCUUUUUCCCGGUCAGGUUGGGGGUUGUCGUCGCCAUGGCGGAGGAACGGUUCAGCCGUGCAACUUUCGGGUCUCGGAAGUUUCUCUUCGCAACUGCAACUCUCCGGUCGAAGGACAGCUACAGAACAAACAAUGACGAACAAGGAAGAGAGACAGAAUCCCCCGGUUGAGAACGCGGCAGAGGACGACGAUGAGCCAGACGAGUGGGAGAAGCGGAUCAACAGAACCGGCUGUGCGGACGAGCAGAUGACCUUGAACGAUUGCGUCUAUCAGAAGAAGGACUGGCGCAGUUGCCAGAAGGAGAUGGAAGCCUUCCGCGAAUGCUGGAAACAGCAGGGCAACGACCAGCGCACGCAGACGCAGGAUGCUUAGAGCUAGGGAUGGCUUGGCCGACGACGAUUCCCGCAGUGUAUUCUAAAGUCUUCCAAUUAAAGUGAUCUAUAGCCAAAUCGCAA